UUGCACUGUAUACAUGUUGAAUUGCAUAUCCUGCAUUUUCCAUUUCUUUGGCAAAAUCAAAUGAUGGUGGUAGCAAAAAUGUUCUUAGAAGAUCUGUGAAAUGUUUAGGACACCAUCUUUCUGAAUUUAUGUUCUGUCGGUUGAAUCGCUGAAAAUACCAUAUAGUAAUCAUAACAAAUGAGGGAACUUCAAGAUUUAUAUUAGCUAAUUUGUAUAUCUCUUCAAGAACAAAAAAAGCAGCUGAUUUUCAAGUAGUAUUAAGUCACGUUUAAUGUCAUUAUGUAACCACUGUUUUGAUAAUAUAGGAUCCUUUUCCUUCCAAUCGGGGUAACAAGCGUAGCUUAGAAAUAAAUCAAUUUUGAAGCAUGCAUCAACUACAAUGAUUUUUAAGAAAUCAUUGCUGUCAAAGCUAACAUGCCCUGCAUAACCAUUUCGAAUUUUAUUUUCCAACUUUUGAACUUUUAAAACCAAAUCAUUUACACAUAGCUUCCCCAAAUAUUUCCGUCUUCACCGCACAAUCAACAAUGGCGUCGUCUUCUUCAACAGUCUUCAUCGCUCUCCAAUGCUUCCAUUGCUCCACUAUGCAGGUGAAACAGAAGAAGAAAAGCAGCAACAAAUGGAACUGCGCAGUGUGCAAUCAGAAACAAUCUGUUCGCAAAGUCUUCGCUCAAGGAUACAAGGCUAAGGACAUUCGUACCUUCGUUCAAUCCUUCAACAGGUCUCGCAAAUCUCUUGAUGAUGACCAGCAGUGGCUCCAAGCCGGAACCCUAAAUCAUGAAAUGGAACACGUUGAUGGAGAAUCUGAAUUUCCAAAUGAGCUGAAUAAUAAUAAGAGUUACGCCUUUAAUCUUUAUUGUCAUUGCAACAUAGAAGACGAUUUUGAGCCGUUGGUAGUGACUGAGAUGCCAAAGGACAUGUUCAAGAAGCGCAAGCUGGUGGAUAAUUCAACUUCAAGAAGUGCCAGGCAUUUUAAAAGCCCACUCUUCCGGAACGCUCAAGCUGCAGGGAAACCGGUGAAAGAUCAGAGAAGAAUUGCAUUAGUGUCUGAAAGCAAUUUAGAGAGAAAUGAUAAAGUGACAACCGCUAAUCCAAGGACUGGGAAAUGCAAACAAACAAUUAACAGUUGGAAAACCCUCCGUUCGAAGUCUCCAAUGAAAUUCCUACCAAUAGAAGGGAACCACAACACUAGAAGCUUGAGCCUAAUGGAGAAGUUCAGAAGGGGCACAAAGUUGAAAAGUUUUCCUAUAGAGAGAAUGAAACAGGUUUUGAGUGAAAAUUCGACCUUUGUGAAAAAUCUUGGCGUUAAUCAUGCCGAAAAUAUUUCUGCAUUGUCUAUUGAAAUGGAGGAAACAUAA